AUGUCUCGUGUUACUGACUCUGGAGAGAAGAUGGCAAACAAAUCAAGUGAUCCCAUUGCUCCUCGUUGCCCCUACCAUAUUACCCUCCCCCAUCAAUAUUCAUUUGGUCAUGUGGUAUCUAUCUAUCUAUCUAUCUAUCUAUCUAUCUAUCUAUCUAUCUAUCUAUCUAUCUAUCUAUCUUUAUAUAUAUAUAUAUAUAUAUAUAUAUAUAAAAACGACAAGAAAGAAGGGAGAUUAAGCGCAGACAUAUUUUUGUAUGUAACACGUGCGUUCAGUUGGAGGAAAACGCACGCAUUUGAGCGGGGUAAGUCUGUUCUUAUCUAUCUAUCAAUCUAUAUCAGUCAGUUCAUAUCUAUCUAUCUAUCUAUCUAUCUAUCUAUCUAUCUAUAUAUAUAUAUAUAUAUAUAUAUAUAUAUAUAUAUGCUGUUCAUAUCUAUCUACCAAUUUAUGUCAGUCUGUUCUUAUCUAUCAAUGUAUAUCUAUCCAUUAUCUAUCUAUCUAUCUAUCUAUCUAUCUAUCUAUCUAUCUAUCUAUCUAUCUAUCUAUCUAUCUAUCUAUCUAAUUCUGUUCAUUAUCUAUGUCAGUCUGUUUAUAUCUAUCUAUCUAUCUAUCUAUCUAUCUAUCUAUCUAUCUAAUUUUGUUCAUUAUCUAUUUAUGUCAGUCUUUUUAUAUCUAUCUAUCUAUCUAUCUAUCUAUCUAUCUAUCUAUCUAUCUAUCUAUGUCAAUCUGUUCAUAUCUAUCUAUCUAUCUAUCUAUCUAUCUUUGUCAGUCUGUUUCUAUCUAUCUAUCUAUCUAUCUAUCUAUCUAUCUAUCUAUCUAUCUAUCUUUGUCAGUCUGUUUCUAUCUAUCUAUCUAUCUAUCUAUCUAUCUAUCUAUCUAUCUAUCUAUCUAUCUAUCUUUGUCAGUCUGUUUCUAUCUAUCUAUCUAUCUAUCUAUCUGUUCUCAUUUAUAUUUUCUUUCUUUUCAUUCUGCGCAUUUUUUUUUAUCUACGGAUGUAUCGUAUGUAUAUUCAGUAAGUAUAGAAUUUUUCUUUCUUUCUUUCUUUCUUUCUUUCUUUCUUUCUUUCUUUCUUUCUUUCUUUUUUCACUUCUGAUUUAUGUCUGUAUAAUUCUUUCCUUUCUCUCACUAUCUCUCUCCCGCUGUCUUUUAAUUUUUUCUUCUUUUCUGAAAAUUAAUUUGCUUCUAUCUAUCUAUCUAUCUAUCUAUCUAUCUAUCUAUCUAUCUAUCUAUCUAUCUAUUCGGGGUUACGGUUUCCCUGACUCAAAACUUUCAUCUGUUGUUUCUUCACUCGAGGACAUUGGUGGGAAAAUAUCCGAUGUAGCGGCAACAUGUCCUGCUUAUCUAUCUAUCUAUCUAUCUAAUCUAUCUAUCUAUCUAUCUAUCUAUCUAUCUAUCUAUCUAUCUAUCUACAUUAUCUAUUCUCAAACUGUUAAUAUAUCAUACCAUUUCAUUCAUUCUCUCUUUCUAUCUAUUUAUUUAUGUAUUUAUUCUCGGAUUGUUAAUAUCUCAACAUUUCUUUCUUUCCUUCUUCCAUUCUGUCUAUCUAUGUAUUCUAAAUUUGCUAAUAUAAUUUCUUUCCAUCUAUCUAUCUAUCUAUCUAUCUAUCUAUCUAUCUAUCUAUCUAUCUAUCUAUCUAUCUAUUCUCAGGCUACUAAUAUCUCACACUAUUUCUUUCUUUUAUCUAAUUAUCUACUCCCAGACUGUUAA